GAAAUUAUCCACUAUGGCAGCUGUUUUGUGUCGUGUUCACAGUUGACAUGCAAAGGGCUAGUAUUUCUUUGCAGGGCUAGCUGCAGCUGCUGUCAAAGAAAUGUGCACCAUGUGAACGUUAGCCAGUUAUUUUUGAAGAGUUGUGACUGACAGCCAAGAUGACCAACUUUAUCCCCAUGGUAUCAUCGUCGCCUCCUCCUCUAGAAGAUGGGGGAGGAGGAGGGUUCAAUGAGUGGGACGAUGAAGAUGAUGACUUUGGAACAUUUGCAACUGCUACAAACGGAAAUGAUUUCCAGGCCUUUUCUGAUCAGUCAUCAGCUGAUCAAUGGAAUAACAUUCCUGAUAUGCCAUCUGUACCUCCAAAUUGUGAAUUCGGAAAAUUUGCAGAUUUUAGCAAUUUUGAAAGUGACUCAAAGAUAGACUGUAUGCAAAAUGGUGACAUGACUCCAGAGGCAGUGGAUAAUGACACGCUCAGUAACGAUUCCAAAGAAGGAGAUAACGAAGAUAAAGGUGAUAGUUCCAAUAAAUCAGGUGGUAUGAAAUUGUCCUUAAAAACGGUGAAUGACUUUGUAAAUAAUGACAAUGUACAAGAAAGCCCAGUAAUGCCUUGUGAUGACAGUGAUCAGCAGAAAAAAAUGCACAAAAGUCAGUCAGACAAUCUGGACAGCAUCAGUAGUGUGAUAUCUGCAGGGGACUCGGGACUGUGUAGUACUGACAUAUCACCCGUCCCUCAGUCAGACGACAAUGUCGGACCAGAGGACAACAGUCAGGAAUCUGAUCCCGAUGACUUUGGCGAUUUCCAUUCUGAUUCCUCUGUAGGGAAAGAGGCCUUAAGAGGCAGCACAGAAAACAUGGAAGUGAUAGAAGAAUGUGGAGGAAAUGUUUCAAUGGUUAACAGUGAAAACAAUGACAGCAGUGCAAAUUCUAAUAACCAAGUAGCAAACGGGAUGGGACCUGAAAGUGUCGAGGACCGAGAAAUUAGAACUAGUCAAUUAAAUGGAGACAGUAACUGUGAUUCUGUAUCAGAACAGGAAGUACAUGAGCGUGUGUCACCUUUAAGUCACUGUGAGAAUACAAACCAGUACAACAGUCGCACCUCACCUAUUGACAAAGAUGACCAUUCUAAAAAGGAGGAGUCCUUAUGUCCAGAAGAAACAGAUGAAGAAAGAUGGGCCGAAGGUCCAGAUACAGAAGACAGAUUGGGCAUUGGUCAGAGUCCUGACGCAGGGAAAGAGAAUCAGAAGGCAGUUGUUGACAUAGAGGAGAGGUGUCUGGUAGUUGAUCCAGACACUGUAGAGGAUACAAAAAAUGUUCAAGACCAAUCUAACACAGACAAUAGACAUCAUUGUGGGAAUGUUGUUUCUGAUGAAACGAAGGAAGAAUGUCAUAACGAGAUUGACAGUGAAAAAAGUGAACUUGUAAGGACAUGUAGUGCUAUUAAGGCAGUGGCAGAACGAGAUGUUAACCAUGAGUCCACCAUGAUAACUUUGAAACAUUCUGAUGCCCCAGUAUGUGAUGAAGCUGAGGACGAUAAAACAUUCCAUGAAGUGGAUGACAAUGAAACAGAUUGUGGAGGCACUGAACAAUUGCAAGACAUGAAAGAUUCUGGAUUCGUUUUUGCGGAUUUAAGUUCGUCAGAAGAGGAGAACUGUGAAAAGAAAGAGCAGGAGCCUGAAGCCAAACUCGACGAAAACUGUGAUAUUUCUAAGCAAACUGUCGAUAAUAAUGAAGACUUUAAUGUGAUUGACAAUGAAGAGUGGUGUGAAGAUUCUGUUUCUCCUGGAAGUAAAGAAGUACAGGCGACUGAGAAUGACAUCAUUAAACCACAACCCUGUCCUGGUUCAGAUGAUGAGUUUGAUGACUUUGCUGACUUCAGUUCAGCUCCUUCAUUCAGUGUACAAGAAGGAUGUGAGGUCAAGUCAGGUGAUGUUUCUGUAAAUGAAAGAUCACCAUCAACAAUUAAUGAACAAAAAUCAGCUGUUCAGGACAUAAACUAUGAAGAUGAGGAAGAAUUUGAUGAUUUUGCAGAUUUUCAUAGCAGUAAACCUGUAGAAUUAGAUAUCCAGCUAUCCAAGCCAUUGCCACAGGAAGUUACAGGUGGCAAUGAAAAAUCAGAAAGUUUGGAUGGUGACUCAGGAAAUUGUAAUAAAGAUGAUGUUGACGAUGAUUCUGAUAGUUUUGCUAAUUUUGGUACAUCGUUUACUUCUAAAUCAAGUGAAAAUAAUUCAGGUACAAGUGCAGUUGUUACUGAUGAGACUAAAUCUGGAUCAGACAGCUUUGCUGCAUUUCCUUCAGCAUCUGCAGCUGAUGGUGAUCAUGACGAUGAAGAUGAUUGGGCAACAUUCCAAGCGCCACCUACACUGGACCAGGUUGGUGCUGGCAGUAAUGACGAUGAGGACUUUGGAGAAUUUGAGGACUUUGACAAUGCUGGAAAACCCAAGGGUUCCUCGACCAGUAGUGCUGGGGACUUUGCCACCUUCAAACAGCCUGAACCAGUAGCGGUAAAGCCAGUAGAAAAGCGUACGUCACGUGAAGUGAUCAACUGUUGUUUUCCUGAAUGUGAUGGGACAGACCUGGAUGACUCUGCAACCAAUAAAAUGCCUCUCCUUCUGGACGACUGUUUUAAUGGGGAUGUGGCUGUGGAGGAUAAAACUACAACUGGACCACUGAUAUGGCUCAAGUUGAAGUCUCCCAAUAGUACCAUAGAGAUAUCCAAGUUGUGGUCUGAUUCUCACAGCAAUGGCAAACUGUUUACCACACUACGCAUAGACACCCGCAAUAUUCUGUUAGGUCACCGGAAGCCAUCAGUUCCCGUGUAUGCUGCCAAUCUGACCCUGCUGGAGCCUACCAAGGGCCCCACACCUCCGUCCGAGACGGCAGACACCAACAAACUUGUGGACAUGACAAAGGUCGAUGACAAGCCAGCCAGUCAGGAUCUCCCGCCUGUACAGUUUGAUUGGACCAAUAGUGGGCUUACUAACCCCCUGGAAGGCAGUGAACAUGACAUCGCAGCAGAAAUUGCCAACAGUAAAAGCCUUGAAUUGGAUUUUUUAGUUGUCAAAGAAGCAGAAGCGGUCGCGAAGAUGGGAGAUGAGUGGGAUUGGGUUUUCGACUCCGAGUUGAUGCAUGGCCAGCGUGAUCCUAAAGCAGCCAUGCAGCCACUAGAGAACAUCCUGGCCAACCUGAAGAGCAGCUCUACUAUCCGACCGGCGCGGCCAGCAGAGAACCUAACCCCAGAGGCAACAAAAGUCAUCACCUCCCUCCCAAGCCUCUCGUUCAUGCAGGCGAGAUCCCUCAUGUUCCCGUUUAAACAGAGCUCUGAUGUGGCAUGAACAUGACCAAUAUUUCAUGGCUUAGAAUUGUAAAUACUGACCAUGGUCAUGAUGUUCCUUUUUCAGACAACACUAUCGCGUGGCAGGACAGCAACCAACUUUCCCUGGCUUAGAUUUGGUGAAUUAUGACCUUGGUCAGGAUUUUCUUUUGUAAAAACAAUGCCGUGAUGUGGCACCAACUUUCAAUGGCUUAGAUUUAAUGUACCUGGUAGUCUACAGACCCACUGUAGUAUCAGAACUGCAACAUAACUUAAUAUGAUGUAACAGGUUGUCCAUAUCAAAACUCUGGUGAUCAUGAGGCGUGUACAAGCUGGACCUGACCAAUCACCUGGUAUACACAAGGCAUGGCUCUCGGACCCCAGUCUAUCCUGUGUAGUAUUGCCUGUAUUGGUAACAAAUACGGACAUCAAGGGCAGACAACUCACUCUUGUACACAACAAAAUUUUAAAGCAGUUUGUUUUUACUGAAGAUAUAGACUAGUAUGAAUAGAAAAGGCUUGUUUCUUUAUGUGCUCACGAAAAGCUGUGAAUAAAAAACAAAUGUUUUAAUUUUUAAAAUGGAGAAAUGACCCAGGGCUGAAUGACCACACAAGUCACUUUUUUUCUGACUAAUGUAUAUUUUGUUAUUUGUUGUUAAAGUGAUAUUUUAUAGAUUUUCGUGUUACAGUUUUUGAUGUCUAUGUGUUACGAUCCCCACUGAAACUUCACUACAUCGAUAGAAACCUCCACUUCUACAUGUAAAUAAUGUGUAUUUGUGUUGUCUGCUGAAGGCACUGGGCUAUUAUUUGACCCCUACCGCAAGGCCCCUACUGGUUCAUUCCAAGGUCAACCAAAUAAAAUCAACAGCAUCACCUACUGAGAAACAUUUUAACUUCUUAAAAGGGAAAAUUUAAAAUACAAAUUAAUGGUUAUUUGCAAACGUUCUGUUAUGCAUAAUCAUUCCUAUUGGAGAUAAUAUUUCAAGAUGUAUGUACAUUUAGGAUAGAUUACUUUUGUAAACAAGAAAUUGCUCUUCAAAAUACUACUGUCUGGACAAUGUGUGUCAAAUGUGAAAGUGUGAAGAUCAUUUGUUAAAUGAAGCAUUUAAAAAUUUAAAAUUAAGUAUGCUAAACCUUACUUACAUUAUAUUAUAAUGUAUAGACCAAUUGCUUCUUGAAUCAUGUAUGGAUAAAGGGAGACAAUUUAGUACUAGUCAAUGUGGACUUCUAGUUUGUAUUGCUAUAUGUGAUGACAGUAUUCGUAGUCAGCUGUAAAACCAUGCUGUGAGAUUAUUGGUGUUGUACAUUGUGCUUAUACUAGUUGAGAGCCCACAGACAGCUUUAUGGUGUAUGUUUUAAGCAGGGGAAGGGUACGGCUUUACUUAGGCUAGUUCUACUGCACAAGGUAUAGAUUUAGACUAGUAAUUAGACAGAGUCAACAGUCGGAUAUAUUUAUAACCAUUGUAACCAAGAUGGUGUCAGUUUGUACUGACAGAUCCUAGAUUUUUGAAAGGUGUGAGCACAAAUUCUGUAAUAGGGUUAACUUCCAAGAAAACAUCACUAGUAUGUUACAUAAAAAAAUACCAUUUCAGUAUGAAAAAGAUUGGGUCAGCUCCCCACCACAACUCUAAGAUACUGGUUGAAGAACCUUCCAUGUGUUGUGGAUGGUGUGACCUGCCAAAUGAAAAAUCCACCAUGUACAAAAUGUUCAACUGACCUGACUGACCUCUUUUCAUCAGUUAUAACUGUGAUGCAUUCCUACUUUAAAUGUGAUAAUAGUGUGUAGAUUAUGAUCAGCACUUGUAGAGAUAAAGCAGAUUUUGUCCUGUAUUUGUAUGUUUCCAUGUUGUGGCUGGGCUGUAUACAGACCACUGUAGUCCAGCUCCAACUGUUAGACAGUGGCCCACAUACACAUUGUACCAUACAUCUGAUGUCUACACAGUUCAGCCUUGUUAGUAUAGUAAAGAUUAUCAUUAGAGUGUACCAUUGGUCUGUUGGGUUAAUUUAUAGAACACCAUCAAAACAGAAUGGUUUGAAAUGAUAGCAAUGUAUUGUGACAUAUUAUUCAAAAUUAUAAAAAAAAAAAAGUACCAGGGAUGAAUAUAUAUAUAUAUUUUUGCUAAAAACUCGAAAUUAAUAUAAAUAUAACCAUCAACUAUUAUAGCAGUCUUUAUACACUAAAGCUCGUAGACUGAAUAUUGAAAGUACUUUUUUGAGCUUCAUAUUGUUACUUCUACCUACAAACAACUGAUAAGAUUUCUGCAUUACUCUGCUGUUAAAUACCAGCUAUAUUUCUCUUUUUUUUUUUUUUUAAUUGCUGUUGUCAAUUCAUGCUUCCUGCAUUAUUCACAAAGAUGAAGUAAUUAAAUUUGUAGUUUUAUUACUUGAACAAUACCUGGUACAGGUAUGUGUAUAUGUAUUGUUUGAUACGUAUACAUCAGCACUUUUGUGUUCCCCUUACACUGGAACAUUGGGUUUUAUCAACCAUUGGUCUGUACUUAAACGAAACCUGUAAGUUUAUCUUGUGUAGGAGAUAAGAUCAGAACAAAUGUGUUUGGCAUGUUAUAAUUGAGAUUUGUGUAGUGAACAUGAGUACAAUGCAUUAUACUGGCUAUUUAUAUUUUCCAGAUUGGAUGCUUUUUUCUGUUUUGUGAAACUUGUUUAUCAAUGAUUGUUUUUAUUAUUACAAAUAAGCAUUUAUGAUGCAUUUGCUGUACGUUUGAUCUAUAGUAAUAAUAGGCCUACAUUGUAAAAAUAACGUUUAUAACAAACGUACGCGUUUAUGAACGUGUUUCACAGUAAAACUGCCUUCAGUAAGUUAAACAAUAUCCUGGUUAUGUUUACUGUAAUUCAUUUACAUAAUCAGAUGUCACUUGUGGGAGGAAUUUAAAGCAAAAUAUUUUGAUGCUGUCAAAUUCUUGAAUAAAUUAUGACAUUUUCCAACAGUAGGAGUCUGGAACAAUAUCAGUGUAAUCACAAGCCCAUUAGAUUUCUGUUGUGCUCCUGUACUUAUUCUUACUUGUAAUCUAUAUCAAUCAAAUUAUUUAUUCAUCAAGUGUAAAUAUGUAAAAUAUGAGUUUUGUAAUGAAAUGUACAAAAUC